GUUACUCCCUCAAAACUGUUUGAGCCAAUGGCCCCCCAAAACUGAAAAAACCUCUUUUUUUUUAUCUGCAACUCUCUCUCGAUGUUAGAAGCGUUUCUCUUUGCCACUUCCCUGCAACAGAGAAUAGAAAACCGUUUCUAGGGUUUGGCAGAUUCAACAAUUCUUCUCUUUCAUCAAUCGCACUUGAAUCUCACAUACAGACUCUCUCUCUCCAAGCAAUCAUCAUAUUCUUUAAUUUGCUCAACGUCGUCGUAUUGCUGGUCCAAGUACUUUCUGAAGUCUAAUUCUCCAUUUCUUUACAUUUGCUCCAAUCUUGUUGCUGCCUUCCGCUAAUUGGAGCUGCUUCGUUCUUUAUUUUGCGGUUCAAGUUCAAAAGUUUACGAGGUUUUAUUUGAAGUCCUGCAAAGGGUUUUUGCUUUUUUGAAUUUUGAAGUUUCUUUUUUGUUUUUCUUGUUUUAGCCCUGGUAAAGAACAGUGCUUUAGGGUAUCUUGUUGUAUAUAUUUUUCUGGUGGGGUGGGUGGUGAGAAGGCAUUCUUGAGGGAGGAUAUGAAUAGUGUAUUCAGUGAGCAGAUACUUGCAGACAAGCUCUCGAAGCUCAACAGCACCCAGCAAUGCAUUGAAACUUUGUCACAUUGGUGUAUAUUUCACCGAAGCAAAGCAGAACUGGUUGUUGCAACAUGGGAUAAACAAUUCCAUAAUGCACAGAUGGCUCAGAAAGUUCCGCUCUUGUAUCUUGCAAAUGACAUCCUACAGAACAGUAAGCGUAAAGGAAAUGAGUUUGUUUCUGAGUUUUGGAAGGUUCUUCCAGCUGCGCUCAAAGUUGUUAUUGAGGAAGGCGAUGAUCAUGGAAAGACUGUUGUCUCUAGAUUAGUUGGAAUAUGGGAAGAGAGGCGAGUAUUUGGGUCUCGUGCCCGGAGCCUCAAAGAACUAAUGCUUGGGGAAGAAGUGCCUCCACCCUUGGAAUUCAACGGCAAGAAGCGCUCACGUUCAGUCAGAAUUGUAAAAAGAGAUUCACGCUCUAUCAGAACGAAACUUUCCAUUGGUGGUCCAGCUGAGAAGAUCGUAUCUGCAUUUCACUCAGUGAUCAGUGAACAUCCCACUGAAGAUGCUGAGAUGAGUAAAUGCAAAUCUGCAGUUCAUCGUGUAAGGAAGUUGGAGAAAGAUGUUGACAUAGCCUGUACUAAUGCAAAGGAUCCAAAGCGGAAAACUUUAUCAAAAGAACUAGAGGAGGAAGAAAUUUUUUUGAAGCAAUGUAUUGAAAAACUUAAAUUAGUUGAAGCAAGUAGAGUAGCGCUUGUAUCUCAAUUAAAAGAAGCUCUGCAUGAACAGGAAUCUGAACUGGAGAAUGUUCGGACUCAUAUGCAGGUAGCACAGGCACAGGCAGAAGAAGCCACAAACAUGCGAAAUCGACUCAAUGAUGAAGAUUAUGUAUUUAAACCAUCAAGUGCGACUAGUCCACCGACUGAUGGAAAUUCUAAAGGGGGACAAACACCUAGGAAAUCAGCUGCCGCCAUUGCUGCUUUGGUUGCAGACAAGCUUGCUGCUUCUAACAAGCUUGCUGCUUCUAGUUCUUCUCAAUUGAUUAUGACUUCUGUUCUUUCUACUUUCGCUGCUGAAGAAGCGAAGAAUGCUGGUCUGACAAAGCCAUCCACGUCUUCAAAUUCAUUCACAUCCAUGCCCAAGAGUUCGGGGACUGAUUCAAUGUCCAAACCUGAAAUGUCCAUGCCAGUUUCAGAUGCCAAUGUUUUUAUGUCAGCACAGCCGCCUGCUGUGCCGCCAAACCAUUCAUACCAAUCAGCAUUGGUUCCCCAACCUCCGAAUCAAGCCCCCACCUCUCAAGGUCAAUUUCACAUGCUUCCAAACCCACCCUCCCAACAAUAUUUACAGCCAGCAGGAGGGGUCAUGAGCUCAUAUGGUUAUGGGAGCAUUCCACCUUUGCCUCUAGGACCACCACCUCCCCCACCUCAUAUGGUGAGUCCAAUGGUGCCUUUGACUCAACAGCCAUUGCAAAUGAAUCAACAGGCCGUACAAAUUACCCAGCAGCAACCAAUACCCUUAACUCAGCAACCUCCAGCUCCUAGUUUCCGGCCACUUCAGCCACCCGGAAUGGUGUAUUAUGGUCAUCCUCAUAAUUCUCAGUGAAUUUGAAUUAUUUAGGUAGACAGUAUAACCAAUGUGAAAUUUGAAUUACUUAGGUAGGAAGCAUAACCAAUGUGAAAUUUUGAGG